UAUGUUUAUUAGGUAUUUUUGAACAUUUAUACAAAAACAAAAAAGAAAAUAACAUUAACAGGGCAAUACUUAUACAGCACAGAUACAGAAAACAAGACAAAAUCAAAAACGGAGGCAUGUACAUAAAUUACAGCUUCAUAUGAGAAACAACCAAUUUAUACAUACACGUCAUUCAGAUUCUCAUUACUGGUUUUUUAUUUUUGAAAUUUUGAAGUAUUCAAGAAUACGUUCCCAUCUUUUUUUAAAAGCAUAAAAUUUCCCCUUCAUACAAUAUCUCAAUCUUUCUAAUACAAUAACUUCAGAAAGCAAAUUUUUCCAUAGCUGGAUUGAAGGGGCAUCAGAACCAACCCAUUUAAGCAUUAUUGAUUUUCUGGCCAACAUCAAUAGAAAUUGCACAGUUUCUUUGUGAGUAUCCAGAUGACUGGGUAUGAACCCAAGGAGACACAUGAUUGGACCAGGGAGAAGUGUUUGUCCUAUAGCAGAGCUAAUUUGACAUUAGUCCUUUAAUCCUGGAAAUGUUCUUCAGGUGAUAGAAGGCCGACUUUGUAACUGUCUUUAUGUGGCUAUAUGUCACAGCGUCCACCAUAUUGAAUGUGAUCUAUGUGCCAUUAAGCCAGUGCUUCUCAAUUUCAGUCCUCAGGUCCUCCUGCUCUGCAUGUUUAGAUGUGUCUCUAUUCCAGAACAGCUAAUUUUAAUCAUUGCAUCACCAUCAAGUGCUGUAGAAACCUGUUAAUCACCCAUAGAUUCAACCCAGGUGUGUUACAGAAGGGAAAACAUGCAGGGCGGGGGGGCCUGAGGACCGGAAUUGAGAAACGCUGCAUUAAGCUAACACGAGUGUACUGAACUAAUAUAAAGGCCUCCUGUCAGAUAUUGUUUCCUUGUGAAAUUAACAACUAUAAAUGAACAUUGCUGACAUUUUAUUGUACCAAAGUAAUAUUUCUCUUGAUCUGUGUUUAAUAUUUAAUCCAACUUCCUGUCAGUGAGCGUUGCUCAGUGAGUUGUUGUUUUACUCAGUGCAUUGUGGGGAAUGUCCACUGGGUGGUCAGACAAGAUGAGCAACAGCUGGACAAUCCUUGGACUAGACCAUAAAAGCCCCCAAAAUGUCACAUUAUGUCAGACGUCACAAAGCCUCAGAUGUUCUGUGGGAGCCGUUGGCGUGUUGGAUGCAGGGACCCAGUGUCCGUUAUCGAACCGUCGGCCGUUUAAGAGUUGGUUUCCAACAGACUGCAGAUCCGCCUCAUCCUCGUCUGACCGCUCAGCACCAGACGGCCACGUCGGCUCGUCCAUCUGAGGGUCGGCUCAGACCAGCGACACACAGCUGAUGAGACUACUGGUCUGAACAGCAGCACGCCUCAGACUGUCUGUAACCGCCUACGGGAAGCCAAUGGGGUCAGAAUCUGAUUCCUCAGCCUGACCCCAGUCAGGACGGUCAAUCCGCUACAGACGGCCCAACCACGAUGUUGUCAAUGCCAACAUGAAGAUCAGUAAAUACUGAAAAUGUAUUUUGAGUUUUUCUAUAUAUUGCGUAACCCAAAUGUUCAUGAAACCCUUAUAUUUGACAUGGGCUUUAUAUUUUUGUUCAGUGUAAAACUUAACUUUAUAAAGCGUGGUUGUACAAAGUAUUUUAAGUUAAUGCUGGUCAGUAACACAUUCUGUCACCCCAAUAUAUUUGGGAAUUACAGAAAGCACUAAAGACAAUAUUUCUAACUUUUUGAUGUGAUAAUUAAAUAAAGAGGUCAGUGUUUAUAUUUGGUACAGCUGAUUCUCAUCAAUCCUUUUUAUAUUAUUGACAUUGAUGAAGAGUGUAUUCAUGAACAUAAAAACACACAAAAAGUAAAAGAAAGAAGGUGUACAUUAAAAUACAGAUUUAUUUAUUCUGCCAAUACUGGGCACAGACAGGGUUCAGCCUGCUGGUCAAACUGGGAGCAGUCCAGUGACGUCCUGGUGGCUAAAGUCAAAGAUAAAAGAGAAUUUUGAAAAAUCCUGACAUUUUGAAAAAACAUACAUGUUCAAUAAAUUGGGGUGUUGACUUGCAGCAUUUUUACAACAUAGUUAAAAAUCGACAUUUUGAAACACAAGAAAGGAGAAAAACAGUCAGCGCUGAUCCUGACGGACCUGCUAAAACCCUCUGGUCAUCAGCUCUCUCUUUUUAAUAAAACUGUACAGUAUGAAAGUUAGCCAAGCUAACAAAAUUAUAACCAGAGUGGGUUUUUUUUUGGCCCAGUUAUUUACCUGGGAAAUAUUUCCUGGUUUUUAGAAGCUAGAUUCUAGCCACAAAGUCAAGAAAUUCUGCUCAUAAAAUUAGGUUAUUAUUUUCUUACCUGUGAAAUGAAAUGCUACUGGGACGUUACAUUGGAGUCCAAUGAGACGUCGACGUAUUUCGCAUCUGUGCUCAACCCGUUCAGAGAUUCUCAUCCCAGCGUUUAAACUCCACAUAACCUGAAGCACCAACAGCGAGUUUAAACUCCUAAACCGGCAUCUCGUCCCUGAACGCCACUCUGGCUCCAUUGCUCUCCUCAGCAGAGGUUGAGGCAGACGUCCAGAGGUCAGAGGUCGUCCUGCGCGCCGUGACAUCAUGGUGAGCGUGGCGGCGUGCGGCUCUGUGAGGUCCAUCAAAGCUCUGUGGGAGACGCGGAUCCAGAGACGGAGGGAGGAGGAAGAGGAGCGGAGGAGGAGACCGUCUGUGGGCGGGGCCACAAGCAGGCUGAGUGUUCAGGUCUGGGAGGACCGGGCGGUUCUGGCCCGCCUCAGGGACAAGCUGCAGACGGAAGAUGGACGGCUGGUUCUCCGGAUAGAACAAGAGGAGUGGAAGAACCUGCCGGCGUGUCUGGUCCGGUUCGUCCAGGUCCAGGAAUGGCAGAUCCACAGAACCGGCCUGUUGAAGGUUCCACCGUUUAUCUGCAGCUUCCAGAACCUCUUGGUUCUGGACCUGUGCCGGAACGCCAUAACCGAAAUCCCGGAGCAGAUCGGGAAGCUGACCCGGCUCAGAGAGCUGCUGCUGAGCUACAACCGGAUCCGAAAUGUUCCUGAAGAACUCGGUUGCUGUGAGAGUCUGGAGAGGCUGGAGCUGGCCAUGAACCGGGACAUGAAGGAGCUCCCAGACCAGCUGAGGAACUUGGUGCGGCUGCAGCACCUGGACCUGUCCAUGAACGACUUCGUCUCCCUGCCAGAUUGUGUAGUCGCCCUUCCGGCACUGGAGUGGCUUGACAUGGGGGGCAACCGCCUGCAGCAGUUGCCUGACGACAUCCACAGGAUGCAGAUGCUGCAGACGCUGUGGCUGCAGAGGAAUGAGCUGCAGAUCCUGCCAGAGAACAUCAGCAGGAUGUCCAGAUUGGACACGCUGGUCCUCAGCAGCAACCGGCUGAGGGACAUCCCGUCACUGAUGGAGGACAUGACCAACCUCAGGUUUGUGAAUUUCCGGGACAACCCUCUGAUUGUAGACGUGUCUCUGCCUCUGAGGACAGAGGACGGUGAAGACGAGGAGAUGUUUGGACGGGACUUUAUGCUCACCUACAUCCAGGAGGCCGGAAGAGAAACUAUGCUGUGCUGA